AUGGCUCCCACAACUACCAACACUUGGUCCAUCACCGGCAUCGACAAGGACAGUACCAACUGGGACACUCUCAAGCUCAAGAAGGACGUCCCGAUUCCCCAGCUCGGCGACUAUGAUGUUCUCGUUCAGAUCGAGGCCGUCUCCCUGAACUACCGUGACUUGGCCAUCCCCAAGGGCCUCUACCCCUUCCCCGUCAGCUUCCCCCGCGUCCCGGCCUCUGACGGUGCCGGCCAUGUCAUCGCCGUCGGCUCCAAGGUCACGCAGGUCAAGGAGGGCGACCACGUCGCAACCCUCUUCAACCAGAACCACUUUGCCAACCCCAUUACCCCCCUAGGCGUGAAGAGCGGUCUUGGCGGCGCUAUUGACGGCACUCUCCGCCAGUACGGCGUCUUCCCCGAGACCGGCCUCGUCAAGGCGCCCCGGACUCUCACCCCGGUCCAGGCCGCCACGCUGCCUUGCGCGCCGCUGACCGCCUGGAACGCCCUGUACGGCCUGCAGUCCAAGGCGCUGAAGCCCGGGGACUACGUAUUGACGCAGGGCACGGGCGGCGUAAGUCUGGCCGCCGUCCAGUUCGCCGUCGCCGCUGGCGCCAUUGUCAUCGCGACGACGUCGUCCGCGACCAAGGGUUCGCAGCUCAAGGAGCUCGGCGCGCACCACGUCAUCAACUACAAGGAGACACCCAACUGGGGCGAGGUCGCCAAGUCGCUGACACCGGACGCCGUCGGCGUUGACCACAUCCUCGAGGUCGGCGGUCCCGGCACCCUCACACAGUCCCUCAAGGCCAUCAAGCUCGAAGGCGUCAUCACCAUCAUUGGCUUCCUGUCCCACCGCGAAGGCCCCAAGGACCAGCCCACGAUGCUGGACGCCCUCGCCAACAUCUGCACGGUCCGCGGCAUCUUUGUUGGCUCCAGGCAGCAGUUUGAGGAGAUGAACCAGGCCAUCGACGCCAACAAGAUCAAGCCCGUUGUUGACAAGAGGAUCUUUGGCUUCGAGGAGGUCAAGGACGCCUACCAAUACCAGUGGGAUCAGAAGCACUUUGGCAAGGUCGUAAUCAAGAUUUGA